AUUCAAGAAAGUUGAUAAUAAUAUUUAAUUAAGCAUCCCAAAAGUAAUUUCAUCUCGUUUAGUCUCAUAUAAAGAGAAUGUAAUGGGUAGAAAGAAAGAAAAAAACUUAAAAUAACAGAAAUAAAAAGAGAAGACUUAAUGGAGAAAUUACUAAUGUUCAAACUAGUGUUAAUGUCUAUCCAGAAGGAAACGAUACUAAGAAGAAGAAUAAAAAAAGAGAUAAGGAUAAGGAUUGACUAAGGGAGAAUAAAUUAUAAUUUUUACUAAAAAAAUUAUGGAGAUUUUGGUUAUGCGACUAUUAUUAAUCAUAAUCA